AAAUAAUUACUCGAGUUUGCCGUUCACGGAUGUUUUCUCAAAAGCCGGAUUUCACACAUUGUGGGUGAUAUACUCCAAACACCACACGGAGAAAGGUUUAAAAGCUGAUUUUGUGUAGGGUUAAACCACAUUGCUCCAAUCAGACAUAGAGAUGAAGCUGUUUGUACUUCUGUUGAUAUUCACCUGUGUUGCCUUGCAACAGUGUGACGCUCUCAGGUUGCAAUAUCAACCAUGGCCCCGCUGGAUUAGACGUCCAUUCCCAGGUCCAAUCGGAAUGCCAACAUUCCCAGGUCCCAUUGGAUAUGCACCCAUGAUCAAAGGUAGAGAUGUUGCGACAGAACUCGACACCGAGGAGGAUGAAUCACUGGACGAACGAGACAUUCAAGACUUAAUUGAUGAUUUAGAAUUAAACGACGAUGACCUCCGCUCUCUUGAAGAAUUGAAUGACGAGCAGUGAUCAAUUAACCAGGUUAUGCCAUUGUUGAAGAGAAUGAAGUUAAAAUUCCAAAACUGUCAGAAGUGCAGAAUAAAACACAUUUGAACAAAA